AGCUUUAGCGAUGAUGAUCAAACUCGCUGCUCUCUUCCUCCUCCUCAAUUCGGCAUGUGGAUUUCUGCCGUCGUCGCACAUUCGCUUCAGCACGAUGACACAAAGGAGAAUGACUUCCGCCUGCUCUCAUAAGAGCAUGAAGAUGGUACUCUUGCCUACCAGCGACCAGGCGCUUCUUCUCGCCGCGGACGCUGAGCCAGCUGUCACCCCGGUCACAGCAGGAGAGACACCCAACCUCCUGAUGCAGAUCACUGGCACAGAGAACGUUCUUGUUUCCGUCCUCGCCAUCUUCGCUCUCGUCAUGGGCAUUGCUGUCACCGGAGGCGUCGGGUAUCUCACCUACCUCAACUGGAAGGACGAACAGUACAUCAAGAGAGUCACGGACCCGAGCAGCCCAGAGUAUCGUGAGCUACAAAUGAGAGCCAGAGCGCUGGAGAGGAGCGAGUCAGGGAAGAAGAAGAGCGUUCUUGACGCUAUCGAGGAGAUGGAGAAACCUGCCAGACCCACCAUGAACAUUCCCUCCGAGCCAGGGAAUCGAGACGCUCGACGUGCUCGAGCCAAGCGAGAGCGUCAGGAGCAGAAGAAGUCGACGGGCAAGAAGCAGUUGGAAGGGUUGGAUGCGACCAGCGAGGAGGGCAACAAGUCAUUCUUCAAUAAUUUCUUCAAGUGAAGUGAAGGCUCAAAGCAAUAGCACGUAUCAAAUAUGAAAGUUUA